AUGUUUCUCAAUCAAACAAGAGUAUGUAGCAGAAAAUGCUUGAAAUCAUUGGCAAUGAAUUCUAAAUCUUUCUCAUUACAGAAAACAGCACCCAUUUUAAACACUCAGUUAAUUAGAAGUUACUCUGCAACAUCUCCAAGAUUUAAUUCGCAUAAUAAUUCUAAUAAAACUGGGCAAGAUCAAUUAGAUAAUUCUAGUCAAUUACCAGGGAUGAUAUUGGGUGCUGUAGUAAGUUUAAGUGCUAUAUAUUUUAUACUUCCAAAGAACAAAAAUGAUAAAACAAUAACAAACAAGCAAGAAAUUUCCAUAACACCUACCAUUGUUCCAGAUGAGUUAGAAAAAGAUAUUGAAGUGGAAGUGAUUGAUUCUGCUUCUACAAUCUUAGAAGAUACUGCAGAGACUGUUACUGGAAGUAUUUCCUCCUCAAAUAACAUUGAAGAAUUGAAAGACACUUUGGAGCCAAAAGAUGAACAAUUAAAUGGAGAAACUAAACCUGAAGGUGCUUAUAAUCCAGAUACAGGUGAGAUCAAUUGGGAUUGCCCAUGUUUAGGUGGUAUGGCAGAUGGUCCAUGUGGUGAAGAAUUUAAAGCUGCCUUUUCUUGUUUUGUUUAUUCAGAUGCUGAACCAAAGGGAAUUGAUUGUGUUGAAAAGUUUCAACAUAUGCAAGACUGUUUUAGAAAGUACCCAGAACAUUAUUCUGAUGUCUUGGAACAAGAAAAAUCAGAAGAAGAAAUAGACAAUAUUUUAUCUAUGGAAGAAGCCUCUAAAACAAAUGCGGCCCUUACCUCUGAAGGAACUUCCGAAAAUAGUACUUCAGAGCUCGUAGAAGCAAUUAAAAAUAAGGUUGAAGAAAAUAAAGCUAGUACUUUCGCUUCACUCGAAACUCAAGAAGAAAACAGUGUGCUAGACAUAGAAGAUUCUUUAUCAACAGAGCCUGCCACUAAUUCUAAUGACAGCGAUACUAAGUAA